AUGCGGGCUUCUCUUCAGGCAUACAGCACAGCCACUAUGGGCAACUGUACCUGGACAAUUGGAAGUUGCUUCCACCCUUUUUCUUCUUGCUCCGAUCAUCUGUUUUUCCCUUGCUUUACCCCAGGCAAUCUCCUCCCUCGGUCCCUCAGCAUGGCAGACCCUCUCUCUGUCAUCGGCAGCGCUGCUGGAGUCGCUUCCCUCGGCAUUCAAGGCUGUCAGGGUCUCAUGGCAUACUUUCAGGCGAUUGGUGAACGAAAGCACCAGAUCAAAGAUGAUUUACGAAAUCUACAGAACCUUCAGAGCUUGUUCAUGGUGAUCACUGAUGUUUUGCCUCAACUCCAGCAGAACCACUCAUCCGAGUAUGCGGUUGUCAAGAAGUGUCUCUUCGACUGUGAGGACCACCUGGUCAGAAUGCAAGGGCUACUGAGCACCAUCGAUAAGUCCUAUCCCGGGGACAGCCUGAAGGGCAAGCUGUUUCGCAAGGUUUCGACGCUGUAA